UCUCUCAUGUAUGCCUUAAUCCCAUCUCCAUACUACACCCCAUGCACACACGCAAAGAUAAAAAGCCCGCAAUCAUAACCAUGAAAAGCCCCCCUCCCCACCAUCUUAAUUGCUCUAAUCAACCACUCUAUCCUUGUUUGAGAGACCUCCAUAAUUUUUUUUUUCUUUUUUUUUUCUCUUCGCUAUGAGGGUUCCAGUUAAACCAACACAAAACAACAACCCAAAGCCAGCUUUUUUCAACACCUCAAACAUAGCUCAAAACAUAAGUUUUGGUACCAACCAAACUAACCGUGGUUCUAACUCAUGCUAUGAACCAACUUCUGUUCUUGAUCUUCGCCGGAGCCCAAGCCCUGAAAAACCUGCCACUGCAACCGACACUUGCACCAUUCAAGACCCUCCUCCCCCUGAGUGGGAGGAGCAUGUCAUGCGAGCCAUGGACUGGGAUUCAAUCAUGACGGAGCUGGGUUUAGAUGAUGAUUCUGUUCCUACUUUCAAGUGUAAUCCUCAGUUACCUCGCUGCGAGCCUCAAAUUCAACAACAAUUCACUGAGUUCACUUCUUGUCAGCCACUUGAUUCCACUCCACUUCUUCAUUCUGAUUUUAAUUUUAAUGUUCCUGACAUCAACCUAAACCAGAAUCAAAGUUUUAGUAAUUUUGAGUUUCCUAACAAUUUCCAAAAUACUAGUGCCAACUUGAACGUGGGGUUUGAUUGUAUAGAGGAGCUAAUCCGUGCCGCAGACUGUUUCGACUCGAAUGAAUUACAACUCGCUCAGAGGGUAUUGGCGCGGCUCAAUCAAAAGCUGAAGUUACCGGUUGGUAAACCACUCCAAAGAGCCGCGUUCUUCUUCAAAGAAGCUCUCAACUCACUCCUCAUCGGGUCAACUCGGCCAACUCGCCUCUCUUCCAUUUCCGAAAUUAUACAAUCUAUCAGAGCCUACAAGGCCUUCAGUGGGAUCUCUCCCAUCCCCAUGUUCACUCAAUUCACUUCCAACCAAGCUCUUCUUGAAUCCCUUGAAGGAUCACCACCGUUGGUUCACAUAAUAGAUUUUGAUAUCGGAUUCGGUGGCCAGUACGCCUCUUUCAUGAGAGAAUUAGCUGAAAAAGCGCAGUCUUGUAAUAAAAUGAUGAACCCGACAUCUCUUCGUAUCACGGCUAUAGUACCUGAAGAAUACGUCCCCGAAACAAGACUGAUCAAAGAUAUUCUUAUUCUCUUCGCUCAAGAUCUCAGAAUCAGGUUCCAGAUCGAGUUUGUGCUUGUCCGUACUUUCGAAAUGUUAUCUUUCAAAGCAGUUAAGUUCAUGGACGGUGAAAGAAUAGCCGUUGUUCUAUCUCCAACUAUAUUUCGGCGUCUAGGUACAACAAACAACGCUGUGGGGUUUGUCAAUGAUGUGCGACGACUUUCUCCAAGUGUGGUGGUAUUCGUAGAUAAUGAAGGGUGGACAGAGUCUGGAGCAACGUUGUCUUUUAGAAGGAAUUUCGUGAACUAUCUUGAAUAUUACUCGAUGGUGUUCGAAUCCCUUGAUGCAGCGAUGGGUAGUGGUGAGUGGGCGAGGAAAAUAGAAAUGUAUUUGCUGAAACCGAAGAUAACUGGGGCGGUUGAGGGGGCAUUGAGGCGCGUGGCACCAUGGAGAGAGUUGUUUUCAGGGGCGGGAAUGAGGCCGGUGCAUCUGAGUCAGUUUGCAGAUUUUCAGGCGGAGUGUUUGCUAGGGAGGGUGCAGGUGAGAGGGUUCCAAGUGGCUAAACGCCAAGCUGAGUUGGUGCUUUGCUGGCAUCAGUGGGCCCUCGUUGCCACGUCGGUAUGGAGGUGUUAGAUAGGGGUAAAAUGGGUACUUAGGUAGUAGAGUACUUGGGAGCAAAUGGGGUGGAAAGGAAUUUAAAUAUAUUCCAACCAAUUAAUUUGUUUCGUGCUUGGUUUUUUGUUUCUUAUUUUAUGGCUGUUGACUGUUGUAUUGCUAGAAAGAAGGUUGGAUAUGGAUAUUGCCCAAGUGUCUCUGUUUUUAGUUGAAUUUUUUUUUUUUUGGGGAUUAAUGUAACGUCUCCUAAGUCCUAACCAAAUGCAUUUGGGGGAACUAUCUAUAAAUAUAAGGGAACUUCUCUAAUUAUUAAAUCAAAA